AAAUUGCCCCGCCCUCCCAGGACGACGAGGGUAACUGGAUGCGGACGAUACAACACGCCAUUUUCCAUCGACAGCGGAAAAGGUACAUUACGUUCCAAGAAAGCGCAAAGCAAAUCAAACUCCUAAUCAACAUCGAUAAGAUCCAGCCAUGCACCGUGAAUGUCCACUUGACUGCAAAGUCUACGUUGGAAAUCUGGGCAACAAUGGAAACAAGACCGAGUUAGAAAGGUCGUUCAGUUACUAUGGGCCUCUCCGCAGUGUGUGGGUGGCGAGAAACCCCCCAGGCUUUGCCUUUGUUGAAUUUGAAGACCCCAGAGAUGCUACUGAUGCGGUGCGAGAGCUUGACGGAAGAACAUUGUGUGGUUGCCGUGUGCGAGUAGAGCUGUCCAACGGGGAGAAACGCAGUCGCUCCCGCGGCGCCCCGCCAUCGUGGAGCAGACGUCCCAGAGACCGAGAUGAUUACAGGCGGCGUAGUCCACCGGCAAGGCGGAGAUCUCCACGCAGGAGGAGCUUCAGUCGCAGCCGCAGCAGGUCUUUCUCAAGAGACAGGAGGAGGGAGCGGUCCCUCUCUCGGGACAGGAACCACAAACCUUCAAGGUCCUUCUCUCGGUCAAGGAGUCGCUCCAGAUCUAAUGACAGAAAGUAGAAGAACAGGAUGAGAGAUGAUGAAAACGGUUGUACUUUGUUUUCACGUGAUAGACAUUGUUUUUUAUCCGUCAAGAGUUUUAGGCUCCCUGAUUUUGUUAUGGUCAUUUUACAUACAUUUUUGGGUGUGCACGGGAGUGAUGUUUUCAUACCAGUCCUGAAAGUGCACCACCUUAGCAUUCCACCAGUAAUCACCCAACAAUGUGUUGGUCUUUCUGUUUUUAUAAAUGGAUGUGUAGUUUGACCCAUAGUUUCAUUGUGUAUGGAUUUGGAAGGAAGAAAUUUGCGCGCUGCAUUCCUUGGUGCGAUAUUGAAGGCCAACUGAUGUUCAUGCUACUUUCUUACGGAAUAGUGAAGAUUUCCAUCCAUAAAACCUAUCUGUUGACCUGAAUCAAUUUUUCAUUUUCUGUACUUUGAUACUAUGUGUAAUUGUCCCUCAAUUAAAGAGACUGGUUGUUUCAAACAAGUUUA